CUACAGCAUCGUCAAACUCCUUUCUUCACUUUAUUUAGCUGCUCUUGCAUGUAGCUCCCAAGCUUUCCACUGCUCCAGUUAGUGAAGCAUUUAUUUUUGAGUCAGCUGCAUUUCUUAAGACUGCAACAACGAAAGGCAUUUCCUGAGAAACUGCAAGGAUGAGCAGCAAGAAAGAACAACAGCUAACGACAUAUGGGACCCUUGUAGUGCUUUUUAUCUUGCAAGUUCAGAUUUUUGGUUUUGAUGUUGAUAAUCGACCUACAACAGAUGUCUGCUCAACACACACAAUUUUGCCUGGACCAAAAGGGGAUGAAGGUGAAAAGGGAGACAGAGGAGAAGUAGGCAAACAAGGAAAGGUUGGACCAAAAGGACCAAAAGGAAACAAAGGACCGGUGGGUGAUGUUGGUGACCAGGGAAUGCUUGGUAAAAUUGGUCCAAUUGGUGGAAAGGGUGACAAAGGAGCCAAAGGCUUACCAGGGGUUUCAGGAAAAAAAGGAAAAGCAGGCACGGUCUGUGACUGUGGGAGAUACCGCAGAUUUGUCGGACAGCUGAAUAUCAAUGUCGCCCGUCUUAACACAUCCAUCAAGUUUCUGAAGAAUGUUAUAGCAGGUAUCAGAGAGACAGAUGAGAAAUUCUAUUACAUUGUGAAAGAAGAGAAGAAUUACAGAGAAGCCUUGAUCCACUGCAGGGAUAGAGGAGGAUCACUGGCCAUGCCUAAAGAUGAGGCAACCAAUUCCUUGCUUGCUGACUACAUCUCCAACAGCGGCCUGUUCCGAGCCUUCAUUGGGCUGAAUGACAUGGAAAGAGAAGGACAGUUUGUGUAUGCAGACAACAGCCCACUGCAGAACUACAGCAACUGGAAGCAAGGGGAGCCUCAUGACCCAGCUGGUCACGAGGACUGUGUGGAAAUGCUCAGCACGGGAGAAUGGAAUGACUCUGAGUGCCAAGUCACCAUCUACUUUGUCUGUGAAUUCCUCAAGAAGAGGAAAUAAAAGUGCCAGAGAAUGUACCUGGCACCUGCUGUACAUACAAUAACCCAUCUUCAUUCAUUUACAGUAGGGAGAGUAAAUCAGGGAUAGGAAACCAGGGACUCAAUCCAGCCUUCACAUCACUGGGCUAAGCAAGAGUAACUGCUGUGUGGUCAUCAGUGACUGUAAAGUCAGCAUAGGUCUGCAGGGGGCAUCCAGCCAGCUGUGAAUUUUCAUUUCAUUUCUACAUGCAUUUUAGGGUUGGCAUUUCUAUGUGUAAUUUAGGGGUAAAUUUAGAGCCUGAAGAAGUGAAUAUAAUUUCACCAGUUCCAGAAAUAGUAAGAUCAUUGGUAUUUGAAGUACUGAUGUGGUUUGCGAAGUCCACAGAUGGAAAGAGCAUGACCUUCAUUAAUCUCUGACUUGCACAGGGAGUCCCAGUAAUUUCCCUUAUGACUUCAGAGCUCAAAGUAAAGAUUUUAAGUAUCUCUUGAAAAAAAUCCUUCUUUUGUUAGAACCAUAAUUUGAGGUGGAAGGUAUCUCUGGAGGUCAUUUGGGUAAAUCUUGCAUGCAAAGUAGGACCAACUUCAAACUUAGAAGUUGUUAUACUCUCCUUAAUUUGGCUGUGCAAUUAUAUUGCCUGAUAAGCAUUUAUCUGGUCUUCUGUAAAGCCUUGGUCCCCUUCAAUAACAUUCUCUUUAAACUGGAGAAAUGGAUUCAAUGGGUGGACUAUAAGGUGGAUAAAUUGGUUAGAUGGCUGCAUCCAGAGGGUGUUGGUCAAUGGCUCAGAGUCCCAAUGGACAUCAGGGACAAGGGAUAUCCUUCAGGGAUCUGUAGUGGGAUGAGCACUAUUUAAUAUCUUCAUUAAUGACACAGACAAAGGCAUGAAGUGCACCCUCAGCACAUUUGCAGAUGGCACCAAGCUGGGUGGUGCAGUUGACACACCUGAAGGAUGGGAUGCCAUUCAGAGGGAUCUGGAUGCCAUGAAGGAAGUGGUCCAUGGGAUCAUUAUGAGGUUUAACAAGACCAAGUGCAAUGUGCUGCACUUGAGUAGGGGCAACCCCUGGAAUCAGUCCAGGUGAGGGAUGAACAGAUCAAGGGCAGCCCUGCCCAGCAGGACUUGGGGUGCUGCUGGAUGUCAGGCUGGACAUGAGCCAGCAAUGUGCACUCACAGGCCACAAAACCAAACAAGUCCUGGCUGCAUCCAAAGCCCUGUGAUUCUGUCCCUCUGCUUUGCUCUGGUGAGGCCCCACCUGCAGUGCUGUGUCAGCUCUGGGGUCCCCAGCACAGAAAGGCUAUGGACCUGUUGGAGCAAGUCCAGAGGAGGCCAUCAAGAUGAUUAGCAGGAUGGAGCAUCUCUCCUAUGAGGAAAGACUGAGAGAUUUGGUUUUGUUCAGCCUGGAAAAAAAAAAAAAGGCUUUGGGGUGACCUAAUUGCAGCAUUCCAGUACCUGAAGGGAGCCUACAAGAAAGGUGGAGAGAGAGUUUUUACAAGGACUUGUGACAGGACAAGGGGGGAUGAGUUUACCUGAAGGAGAGUAGAUUUAGGUUAGAUAUUAGAAAGAAAUUCCAUAGUGUGAGGAUGGUGAGCCCAGAGAAAUUGGGAAUGCCCCAUCCCUGGAAGUAUUCAAGGCCAGGCUGGAUGGAGCAUUGAGCAACCUGGUCUAGUUGAAAGAGGCCCUGCCCACAGUAUGGGGGCUUGAACUGGAUGAUGUUUAAGGUUCCUUCCAACCCAAACCAUUCUAUGAUUCUACGCAGAAGAGAUCUUGCUUAUCUCUGUUUUCAACUCUAUCAUCCAUCAGGCUGACCUGAAAUGUGAGGAAUUAAUUGUACAUAGGCAUGCAAGCCUACACAGCUUGUAGGGAACCUAAAAACAGAUGGAGUAGUUCUAGUGUCUGAAUUCCCCAAAAUCUGUGAUAAGCAUACAGAAGUCUAGCACAAAGAGAACAGUGUAAAGGAAACAACACCAUUCCUGUAGGCUGUGAACAGGCACAUAUCAUAAAAGCUAUACCACGUGCCCUGCUGGUUUAACAAGUGAUUCUAGGAACAUAUUAACUCCCUAACGCAGAAGCCAGUGACGUUUGAUGUUUAAGUUAAAAUCACCCAAGCCUUUGUAACACAGGAAGGAGCUAUAGAACAGGUUUCAUCCCCCAAGAACCCAGGUUCAGGUGUGGUUGAACAACUUAGUCAUGCAGUUCAGUGGGACUCACUAAAAAUGAUGAGCACUGAACAUAAAGGCUCUGCUGUCACUGCCUGGCUACUUAGAUCUCCAUGUCACAAUGCCCACAAGAAUCACAUUUUCAUAUAUUUGCGAAUACUGACAGAGCUUUUUUCCUUCACACACAUCAAGUGCUUUGUCAUGGUUUGCCUUUCCUCAGAGCAAAGAAAAACCUCAGAGUUAUCACAAUGCAACUCUGUAGGUUUUCCUUCCCACCAACACUAAAAAUUAAGGAAAGCUAUCUGGAAGCUAAGGAGAAUGCUAGAUGGUUGGCACCACACAGCAACAUUCCCUGUGGGUCACUGAGCACCAGGUGCACACAGCCCUCCUCUGGGUAUACAAAGAGCUGGCCAUACCAUCAGCUAGUAAUGCGAGGGUCAGCUCUGAGUCUCCCUUCUCCUGCUGAGUACAGCACUGCAAAGGCAACCAAACAAGCAUAUGUCCUCAACCUCACCCUGAAUGGGAAAAUUCUCCAAACAUUUGCCUGGUUGUUUGACUCCAAGUUCACCUCUGAGCAUUGACCAACACAGGAGCAUCCCAGGUGACUCUGUGACUCAGAACCACUCUUGUAAUCUGGUUUCUCUGACACCUGUUUCUCCAGAAAACCUCCUGUUGCUACCAGCAGUAAAUUAUCUGCGUUGCUACACUCCCUCCAGGAAACUAUUCAAACCUGUGAAUAAAGAGGUGGGACCACAUUUCUUUUCAUUGCUCCCCUUCUAUGCUAUGAGACUAUUUGGGCAAACAAGUUCACUUUGCAUGAUGUAACUCAGCCUGAAUUGUUCCCUCUCUGGGAAUUGAUAUUCCUCAAAACUAGGCAGAAUUACAUUUUUAGGAUCUAUUGUAAUAAACAUGUUAAGAUAAACACUUUGUUUUUAGAAGCAUUAAAGGGUAAUGAUAAAUAAUUAAUGAUUAAUUCAAGAAAAAGCUUUUUGAGGAAAAAUGCCUUUUAGAAGUUCAAGUCCAAGGCUGCUGGCCUCAUUCACAGCAAGUCAGUUCCUACCAGUCAUGCAGAAGUGGCAUAGUAAUAUCCCUGUGUGUAGGCACAAUCACUUCUCCACACUUCAUCUUUACUUCUGACUCAAGAAGCCACCAAAACAUGCUUACCAGACUGGAGGUCCAUAUUCUGAAACUGUGUGGCCAUACUGAGACCACUGGCUGACAAAAUGUCCUUAAUGCUACAUCCAUCACAGAUAGACCAUUUUCCUGUUCUUUAGGAGAAAACUCAGAGCUGGGAGAAAGUGGAGCAAUGCUUUGCUGCAGGAUCAAGCUCUGCCUUAGACUAGACCAGCUGCUCUCCAAGUAAUUCAAAAUCAGUAAAUACAUGUCUAAAUUGAAACUUUAGGGGGGUUUUAGGUGACUAUAAGUUAUGAGUAAUCCUGGACCAUGUUCCAUGUACAGGAAGGAAUGACAAUCACAGCCUCUGGCUCCAUGGCUGAGUGAUGAAGUGAGUGAGGAACUUGUGCUGGAUUUCUAUAAUGGAAAUGCUGGGACUGCCAAGUUCUUCCAUCCUCAUCCUCUACCACUACACCAUUAUCAUCCUUUCUUAAAUAGAAAAAAAAUAAACAAAACCAACCCUUUUACCCACUUUGUAUUAUUGGAACAUUGGGCAGAGCUACGCCAGCUGAAACAAGCAGCCUUGGGAUGGCAGUGCCUUUGCUAACCAGAGAAGAGGGACAGCAGAGGAGCACAGCAGAUGUCCAAUGUUCAAGCCAGUCAGGCAUAAGUGUGAGCGGGUGCUUGUGCAGCCCAUUCCUGCAGCACUAGUCCCAGUUGAUAAAUUCUGCCAAGAAGCUGAACUUGUAGGCCACGCCAAAUAAGAAAACCCAUACCACAGAGGAAACCUGGCAGGCAGUGCCUGCCCCAUGCCUUGUAGACACAGGCUUGAGCCUGAACUAAGUGAAAUAUUAGAGCCAUGUUUUGCAGAAAAAAAAUAUGCUUGCUAUAAUUAAGAAUCUGGGCUACAUCAAAGGUUUCCACUGCUAGCCAAUGGAAAUUCACUGUGGUGGGUAAAGUAUCUUUUAUACAUGAGAUGGAUGGAGCCAGGAACAGAGGAAAUGGUGCCUGACUAUUCAUGAUUUAUGGUCUGUUAAUGUGUGACACCUAAACCAUUUUACCCAACACCAGUAUUACUUUUUCACAUGUUUUUCUUUCCAUUAUUCCCAGGCCAAAUGUUCUUGUUUCAAUUUAUGCUUGCUGUUUAUUGUCCUCCCGCCAAUUAACUUACCACUGAGAAGAGCCUGGCUUCGUCUUCUCGAAGACACUCUCACAGGUGCUGACAGGCUGCUAUCAGGUUCACCUGAAGCCACCUCCUCUCCAGGCUGCACAAAUCCAUUCCUUUAUAUCCUCCACACGUGCCUCUGACUGCAGCCAUUCUGGGGAGUCUCAGCUAAACCUAGCUCCAAUUCCUCACUGCAUUUCCUGGAGGGGCUCAAAAGGACACAGUGCCUAGAUGUGGUCUGACAGGUGCCGAGCAGGAGCAUAACCCCUUCCCACAAGCUCCUGGCUGGGCUCUCUCCAGCACAGUCAGGAUUCCAUUACCUUCUUUGCUGCCAGGGCACACUCCUGAUGCACAGGCUGUGUGCUGUCUGCCAGGACGCUCCAGAGCCCUUGCAGGAAAGCCAGUCACCUCCAGCACGUAUUGGUGCAAGGGCUCAGCAUUCCCAGGUGACAGGAACUUUGCAUUUGUUCUUGCUGAAUUUCAGAAGGUUCUUCUUGGCCCAUUCCUCCAGCCUGCCUAGGUUAUUCUGUAUGUAGCACUGCCCACAGCAUAUUCACUGUUCCUUCCAAUUUGGUAUCAUCUGCAAAUCUGAGGAUGUUAUGACCUCCUUGAAGCACCUGGUAAAGAAGCUAAACAGGACUGUUCCAGUCUCCAGAUCCCUAGGUAAACAGGAAAAUGUUGUCUGGGUAGAGAACAACACAUUUAACCAUUCUCCUCUGAGUCAAUUCAAUGAAUUUUUUUGCCAUACAAACCAUAACAUCCAACUGGGGUACAAGAAUGUUGUUGGAGACAAUGUCAAAAACCUUGCUAAAUUUGAGUUAGAUGAUAGCCAGUUCUCUCCCCUCAUCCACAAGCCCAAUCAUAGAAUCAUAAAUACAAUCAAGAAGUCAGACAUGAAUUACAUUUGGUAAAUCCAGGCUGAUUGUUUUCGAUCACCUUCUCCUUCACAUGCCCAGAAAUGUGCUCCAAGAAGACCCAGUCCUUGAAGUUGCACAGGGACCAAAGCAAUGCUGGUCACUUUAGAGCUCCCCAGAUUGUCUUUGGCCUUCCUGAAGAAAUGAUGCAACAUUUACCUAUUACCAGUUAUUAGGGAACCUUCCAUGAUCUCCAUAACCCUUCUGAUGUGAUAGAGUGGCUCUGCAGAGACAUCUAAUCCUGGGUUUUUUGGCACUUGGAUGUGGUCUGUCUGCUCCCAUGGUGUUUUCUGGUCAAACUCUUCCAAGUAACCCCCAGCUAAACACUCAUCCACUGCUGGUAGUUCUCUUUGGACCCUUUCCCUAAGCACAGAUGCAUGGGAUAGUUCGGUGGUAGAGAUAGCAAAUAAACCUUAGAAUGCCUCCA